UCAGCGAGAGGCGCGCGAUCACUAUUUUUACUGACCGACGGGGGGUCACGGUUGGUAGGUCGGCUGUAAACCGCUGAUGGGAUGCAGCAUCCUGGCAGCCAGUUUAACAGACCUCGGUGAGAGGAGACCCAGAUUUCAGCUGCAAGAGGCGCCUGACCAUGAUCACUGGAGUGUGAUCAUGACUUUAUUGAACGAGUCAGAAGAGACCCCCUCUCCCUCCUUCCCACUUUUCUCCCUUGAGAACAAUUUCUCUGCUUUUAUCACCCAUGACCCCUCAUACUCCCCUGCAUCCUUCCCCACCUCCUCCUCCACGUUGACUUCCUCCAACUGCACUGGCCCUCCAUCAGCCUCUUCUCCUCCGUACAACUUCUACGCAGUGCUGUUAGUCCUCUUGAUCUUCUGCGUGGUGUUUGGCAACGUGUUGGUGUGCGUGGCUGUGUCUCGAGAGCGAGCUUUGCAGACCACCACCAACUACCUCAUCGUGUCCCUGGCUGUUUCUGAUCUGCUGUUGGCAACGCUGGUCAUGCCCUGGGGCGUCUACCUGGAGGUUGUGGGGGAAUGGCGCUUCAGUCUGAUCCACUGUGACAUCCUGCUCACCCUGGACGUAAUGAUGUGCACCGCCAGCAUCCUCAACCUGUGCGCCAUCAGCAUCGACAGAUACACAGCUGUGGCCAUGCCAUUGCUCUACAACACCAGAUACAGCUCCAGGAGGAGGGUGACAGUGAUGAUCUCUGUGGUGUGGUUCCUUUCUUUUGCCAUCUCCUGCCCUCUGUUGUUUGGACUAAACAAUACUGCUAGUCGUGAAGGCACCACAUGCAGCUUUGCAGACCCGGCCUUCGUCGUGUACUCGUCUGUGGCCUCAUUUUAUGUUCCAUUUAUCGUAACGUUGCUGGUGUAUGCCCAGAUCUGUGUGGUUCUGCGAAAGCGUGGCAGACGAACCGCCCCACCUCGUAGACAUGGUCUGCUCACACAGAGCGAAGCAGGAGAAGGUCGACACCGGAAGAACAAGUGUACACAACCAGAAGAUGUGAAGUUGUGUACCCUGAUCCUGAGACCCGCAACAGCAGGUCCUCAACGCAAAAAAGUGACUCUGGUGAAAGAGGCUGUGGUUCACCCCCUAGAAGUGGAGCCAGGCCAGUUCCUGCCACAGACCGAGCAAAGCCUGGCACCUCCCCCUGCUCCCCAGACCUCGUCCCACUCGGGACGGGCCCGGAUCUCCCUGUCCAUCUCAGUCAGUCCUGCUCCUGUUCUUCCCUCAACCGUGACGCGAUCGGCUUUGACACCCCGUCCUCCCACACUGGAGGAUGGCAUGAGGGGUCGUGAGGGAUGGCGGGAGCGCAGCGGAGGCAGAGAGAAAUGGAGCACCACCAAGGAGCGAGUGAGAGGGAGGCUGUCGCAGCAGAAGGAGCGGAAGGCCACGCAGAUGCUUGCCAUUGUGCUCGGUGUGUUCAUUAUCUGUUGGCUACCUUUCUUCCUGACCCAUGUGCUGAAGGCGCACUGCAGGAGCUGCUGCAUCUCUCCCUCUCUCUACAGCGCUGUCACCUGGCUGGGAUACCUCAACAGUGCUGUCAACCCUGUCAUCUACACCACUUUCAACAUUGAAUUUCGCAAAGCCUUUAUCAAAAUCCUGCACUGUUAAGCCAGAAACACGAAAGACAUCAGCUGUCAAAAUGAAUAAAUAAAUAUAAGCUUGACACUGCUGGAGAUUUGAGCUGAGAAAGUGUAUAGGAGAAAGUAAAGAACUCUGUGACAGUUUUGAUACACAGUACAAAGGACUGAGGCAAUAAUCUGGAUGAGUGAUAAAUCACAGUGGUUCUGGCUUUUGGGAAAUUUAAGAUGAGACAAAUGGAACCAGUAGCUCAAACUAACCAGAAAACAUGAGAUACAGAGGGAAUGACAGCCGGCACAAUAGAAACUACACAAUAAAAAAAAGAAACUGUGUGACAAGUAGAGGGUAGCUACAAGAAACGCAAACAAGCUGAAGGUAUUUAUAGAGAAGACAACAUGUACCAUCUUAUUUAUGUAUGUGAGUAUAUAUACAUUUACAUACAUAGAUAUAUAUAUAUAAAUAUAUGUAUAUGCCCAUUUUUCUAUUGAGUUGACAGGUUUUUUUUUCCUGCUUCAUUGUUUUUUGACAGACUGCUGAUCUGACAUCAAGCUGGUCAUUAAACACGGAUACAAAAUCAGCACACAGUCAAGGCAGCUGUAUCCAAUUUAAUAUGUACAUGUUUGCUUUAAAGAACUGUGCACUGAUGUAAAAUUAAGUGUUGUAAAUAAUUUUGUUGGAUUAGAGCAUGGAUUGUACAGAGAAUUAAAAAUAAACACUUUCUUUAAUUGCUCAUUUUA